AUGGCAGACUCCAGGGACCCAGGGAAGCCCGGCGGCGACAAGGAGAAGGAGGAUACCCUCUCCAAGUACAUCCAGCGCAUGAAGACCGUCCUCAAGGGGCCUCGCAGAGCUGUAGACAUGGACAGGAGGUCAGUCUCCCUCCUUCUUCUUUCUUAUCUAUCUGUCUACGUACUUGGUGAUACUAAUAUAUAUACUGGCUGCAGACCACAGCUGGCUGCUCGUCCUAGAGCCGCUGCUCCCGCAGACGCAGACCUCACCACAGACCCAGCAACAGCAUCUCCGGCUCCAGGUCAAGGUCAGGGUCAAGCUCAACCACCGCCAGCUCCUCGUCAGUGGACCUCGAUGCAGGAGGAGCGCGCCCGCGCCCUCUUCGCUAAGUAUGGCCUCACCCUCGAACCAGGCGAAUGGAUCACCGGCCCUGCUACUGGCCUCACUUCCUCUCCGGCCGGGCCUACCUCUCACCCUACGACCAACGGCCUCACCAACAACAUCUCUGCCGGCAACAGCCUGAACCAGGUCGAACGAGUCGAGAAGCCCAUUCGUAUGCGUGUUCGUCGCAACUGUCACCGCUGUCUGGCUACAUUUGGCGCUGACAAGGUCUGCGUCAAGUGUGAACAUACCCGAUGCAAGAAGUGCUUCCGCUACCCACCUUCAAAGUCAGAGACAGCUUCAUCCGAGCCCAAGAGGGAGCGGACCCAGAAGAAGAUCGUUAACGUUGCCAGCAGUAACACCGUUGCGGGUGCCGGUACUACAAACACAGCUGCAACAACCGCUGCCACCACCGCCAACAACAACAACAACAACACUAUAACACCAACACCAACUGCGACAACGGGCGCUGCUACUGCCCCUGCUGCUGCCGGUGGUGGUACUGCGAGUGCAGGUGGCACUCGCGACCGUGCAAGGGAGGAGGGACGAAAAACUUGCCCUGAGAAGAUUAUCUUGACCAUUCCCAGCCGGACGGGCGGACAGGACCUUGUGCGCAAGCCUGUUCGCCAGCGUGUGCGGCGAACCUGCCAUGUCUGCAAUACGUUAUUCGAAGGAGCUGCCACCGAGUGUCUGAAAUGCCACCAUCUCCGGUGCAAGAAAUGCCCCAGAGACCCGGCGAAGAUGGACAAGUAUCCCGAUGGAUAUCCAGGCGAUGCCGAGCCGCCAUUCGAGCCACAGGAACGCGUCUGGAGGAAGCCCCGUCGGCGCGUUCGAUGGACAUGCCAUGAGUGCUCUUCCAUGUUCACGGGAGGAGAGAAGAUAUGUCUCCAGUGCCACCACGAGCGGUGCGGCGACUGCAUUCGAGAUCCGCCUAAGAAGAUCAAGCCAGAACCUGAUCCGGAGAUUCUUCGGCGGGUCGAGGAGAAGCUGGCGCUCAUAGACGUCUCUUCCUAG